UGGUGGUGACACCUGCUGCUGCCACUAUGAAGUUGAAACGUCUCCACCACCAUUUCAGCGCACCCCAAAGACAAUAUGGAUGGAUACAAAUGAAUCUAAACUAAACUUAAAAGGGAGUCUCAGAGGAAUUAUCUAAUUAUGUCCAAUUCUGUGGACACCGGUCAGAGGGAAAGAGCCCCACCACCAGUUGAUACUCCAUCGGUAAAAGAACUAGAGAGAAUAUUUUGGUCUACAAAGAGGACGGGAAACCAUGUGGAUGAAGUCUGGCCUAAUCUGUUCAUAGGCAACAUGUCAGUUGCCAAUGACCGCUACGCCGUGUGGAAGCUGGGCAUCACCCACGUCCUCAACGCAACCCAUGGCAAGAUGCACUCCCAGGGGAGUCAAGAGUUUUAUGGGUCGACCAUCGAGUACCUGGGCGUGCCAGCCGACGACUCGCCAUCCUUUAAUCUCUCACGCUACUUUGAAACGUCAGCAGACUACAUUCACCAGGCACUGGCAUCGCCCAGAGCAAAGGUGAUGGUGCACUGUGCGGUGGGUGUCAGUCGAUCGGCCUCCCUGGUGCUGGCCUACCUGAUGAUCCACCACCACCUCACCUUGCUGGAGGCCGUCAGACAGGUGACUGCAGGCAGAUGGAUCUUCCCCAAUAGAGGCUUCCUGAAGCAGCUCAGGGCCCUGGACAUGCGGCUACGGCUACGCAAGCAAUCAAUCGCCCAAAACAAGACUGCCUUGCAGAACAUAGGCAUCACUCAUGUGCUAAAUGCGGCCCACACCAAGAGAGGCAGUAUAGGAGACCAAGGAUAUUACGGCAGCAACUUUGUGUACUGUGGUAUUCCAGCGGAAGACUCCACUCACUUCGACCUGGACGUGUACUUCCGACCCGCAGCCGACUUCAUCCAUAAAGCCUUGAAGACGCCUGAUGCCAAGAUUCUGGUGCACUGCAUCAUGGGAUUGAGCCGGUCCUCCACGCUGGUGUUGGCCUACCUGAUGCUCUACCAACGCCUGCCCCUGAACCGCGCACUCAAGAGGGUCAUCAAGAAGAGGGCCAUCUACCCCAACAGGAACUUCCUGGCCCUCCUCCUGGACCUCGACCUCCAGCUGAACAGGAAGCAGAGGACCUGCUCACGAUUAAGGGGCAGCAUCCUGAAGGAGAAAAUACAUCAUUGCUCUUCUGUGGCGUCUGAAACCUUAACCCCAUUUUGCAGACUGCAGCAUUGGCAGCUUGUUGGCACGGAGACGGUGGCAGCGAUGCCCAAGAGUAAUGUUGGCCGCGGUGGAGAGGGGAAUGGCUAUGAAACGCCAUCGUCCUCCGAGCUGCAACGCCUCAUGUGGUUGAAGAAGGGCACCAGUGCCCACCUGGACGAGGUCGUGCCCCGGAUAUACAUCGGAGACAUGUAUGCGGCCAAGGACAAGAGGCUUCUUCAAGGUCACAACAUCUCCCACGUCCUGAACGCGGCACACGGCAAGUACAAUGUCAACACGGGAGCUAGCUACUACCGGGACACCAAGAUCAUCUACCACGGGGUCGAGGCCUUCGACUGUCCCUCCUUCGACCUCAGCCCCUUCUUCUAUUCCGCCGCCAAGUUCAUCAAGAGCGCCAUGGACAUUUCAGGUAAGGUGUUAGUGCACUGCGCCAUGGGCCUGAGUCGCUCCUCCACGCUGGUGCUGGCCUACCUGAUGAUCCAUGAGAACAAGACUCUCCCCGACGCCAUCAGAGAAGUGGCACAAAACCGCAACAUCUGCCCCAACCAAGGAUUCCUGGAGCAACUACGCCAACUAGACAAGGAGCUGUACACGCAGAGGAAACUGGGGAGCAUGGCUAGUUAUUAAAUCCUUUUUUAAGACAUGGCCCCUGUUAUAAACAGGGUAUUACCAGAAUGGCAAUGACCAAGUUGUGAUGUAGUACUAAAGGCCAGAUUCAAUGUUGUGUAGUACCACGGUAGUUAAGUACGUACUGUAUUUUCAACGACUACUACAGCGUUCCACUGGUGGAACAGCGUGCAUUAUAGGGCUACAUCCUUUUUUUUAAAGCAGAGCAUCUGAACUACCCAGAGUGAAAGAACUCUGCAGAACGGAUGGCUUGAUGGCAUGGAUAUGACAUACUGGGCAUGACAGUUCAUGCAGCAGGAAAAGCCACUUGCUCUACACAUAUAGGAGAGACUAGGAUGCCGCAUGAUGGCCUAUGAUGAAAUACAGAUAUCGGGCCCUUAAAAAUCAUUCUUGUUCAUAAAGUAUUUUUGUUGAUGUUUACAGUUGACUGUUGGGCGCAGAGUUUGUGGGGCCCUGUGAAAUUGCCUACAGUAAGUUUGCUUAUGACAGACGCAGCCCUGCGAUAGUUGCUUGAUGAUUGUAGAGAAGAACACAUUGGUAGGAUGCAUUUAUGCAUUUAGUAAACAGUAGUAAAUAUUUAGUCAUUAUUUUUUCCUUUAACUGGACAAGAAGCUGGACAAGAUGCCAGAAGACUUUGGGGAGCAGCAUGCACAGUAGUCACGGAUAUACAUGACAUGCCCUGACUGGAUAUUCGGGGUGUAAAUAGUAAUCGAUUCGCAUCGAUGCAUCAACCGAGCCGAUGAUUUGAUGCAUCGAUGUGUCCACAAAGAGAAUAGUUGAAUCGUUUCUUUGUUACUUUUGUUUUUAUUAAACUAAUUUUGUGAGGCGUUGUAUUUUGCUUGUGUAGUAAUAAUAACACUGACUGUAAUAAUACAAUUCUUUCUCAAAUAAAACGCA